AUGGCUUCUCCUCGUCCUGCUUCGCCUCUCACCUCAGGUGCCGAGUCCGGCCCUGACUCCAAGUCUGCGGGCGCUGUUGCCGCCUCCGGCUCAUCCAUCAGCCGUCCUUCAUCUCCCACUCCUCCUGGCGGCCCCCGUGCGGCCAUGCGCCGUCGUGCCACUGCCGACCACAAGGAAUCUCUGCGCAAUGCUCGUCCAGCCUCUACGCGCUCUGCCGGUGCGGGCGGCUCCUCCGGCACCAUGCUGAAGCUGUACACCGAUGAGAGCCCCGGUCUCCGUGUCGACCCCGUCGUGGUGCUCGUCCUGAGUCUUGGAUUCAUCUUCUCCGUUGUUGGUCUGCAUGUCAUUGCCAAGAUCACUCGCAAGUUCUCCGCAUAA